AUGAAGUCCUUCUCCUACUUGGCGCUUCUGAGCGCCCUUGCUCCUUUCACGGAGGCCGGGGUCGACCGGAACGGUAUUGAUGUGCUCAUCGACCGUGUUCCCGUCCAGAACAAGUUCCCCCAGACUGGUCCCACUCUCAAGCCCGCUCCUCCCCCGAAGAAGGAGUACGAAUACAUCAUCGUCGGUUCCGGACCCGGUGGUUCUCCCCUGGCCGUCAACCUGGCUAAGGCUGGACACAGCGUUUUGCUGAUUGACGCUGGUGGUGACUAUGGUCACCUUCGAGAGGUCGAGAGUCCCGCUUUGGCCAACCCUUCAUCCGAAAGGAACGAGGUCAGCUGGGGAUUCUUCACCAAGCACUAUGAGAAUGAGACCAUGCUUCUCAAGGACCGAAAGCUUACCUACUGGACCCCCGAGGGCCAAUACUACAGUGGUGUGAACCCUCCUGAGGGCUCUACUCCUCUCGGUACCUUCUACCCUCGCUACGGUGGUCUGGGUGGUUGCUCCGAACACAACGCUCUUGUCAGCAUUCUUCCCAGCAAGAACGACUUCGACUUCAUGGCUGAGUUGACUGGUGACGAGUCAUGGAACAACGACAACAUGCGCAAGUAUUUCGAGAAGAUCGAGCAUCUUGAGUACCCGGUCGCUAGCAAGGAGGGCCACGGAUCCGAUGGUUACAUCGAUAUCACCGUCGACCCUGUCGGCAUUGCUACCCAGGAUAUCAAGCUUACCGCCGCUCUUCUCGGUGCUGCCAAGGCUUUCGGUGUUGAGACCGACGCUCUCGAAGCCGCCGUCAACGGCACCAUCGCUACUGCCAAUGCCCGUGGCAGCAUCGACCCUUACUCAGAGCUGCUGCCUUUGGAUGUCUCCAAGCCUAUGGCUGAUGCCUUGAACUCGAUGCUCUUCCAGGACAUUAACUUGGUUACUGAGGGCCGUGACAAGAAGAAGCUCUUUGCCCAGCUCCCCAUGCACAUGGACAACCUUCACUACCGCCGUUCAUCUCCUCGUGACUACGUUUACGAUACCGUCACUGCCAAGAACGCUGACGGUUCCAAGAAGUACAAGCUGGACGUUGCCCUCAACACCCUUGUGACCAAGGUUACCUUCGAGAAGACCAAGCACAAGAGCAAGUGUGUCAAGCCUAAGGCUAACGGUGUCGACUACCUUUACGGAGAGUCCCUUUACCGCGCUGAUCCCCGCUCUAGCUUGACUGAGGACACUGGUGCACCCGGCCACGUCAAGGCUACCAAGGAAGUUAUCGUCGCCGGUGGUGCCUUCAACUCUCCUCAGAUUCUUAAGCUUUCCGGUGUUGGUCCUAAGGAGGAGCUCAAGAAGUUCGGUAUCCCAGUCGUUGUUGACCUGCCCGGUGUCGGUGAAAACCUCCAGGACCGUCUGGAAGUUUCCGUGAACGCCAACUACCCCACCAACUUCACCCGCAUCCUCGACUGCACUUACCUCGCCACCGAGGACGACCCUUGCUGGGACCGAUACGUGAACCCCAACAACAAGGGAGCCGCCAAGGGUGCCUACGCCUCCAACCAGGUUUUCGCCGGUGCUUUCUGGACAUCCAAGUACUCCGAGGAUGGUGAGCAGGAUCUCUGGAUCGGUGGUUUCCCCGCCCUCUUCACUGGUUUCUACCCCGGUUACUCCGCCAACGCCGCCACUGCCGACAACAAGACCUGGUGGUCAUGGCUCGUGCUGAAGGCUCACACCCACAACAACGCCGGUACCGUCAAGCUCGCCAGCGCUAACCCCCGUGACGUCCCCGUCAUCACCUUCCACACUCUGUACGAGGGUCUUCCCAAGGAGGAGGCUGACAAGGACGCCUACGCCAUGGUCGAGGGUAUCCGCAUGGCCCAGAAGUUCUACGAGGAGGUUCCCGACAUUGACGGUCUCCCCGACGUCUUCUGGCCCCCCAAGGAGUACCAGACCGACGAGCAGCUCAAGGAGUGGGUCGAGGAGGAAGCCUGGGGUCACCACGCUUCUUGCUCCAACAAGAUCGGCCGGGCUGACGACAAGAUGGCCGUGCUCGACGGCAACUUCAAGGUCCGCGGCACCCGCGGCCUCCGUGUCGUCGACGCCUCCGUCUUCCCCAAGAUCCCCGGUACCUUCGUCGUGGUCCCCAUCAUGAUGAUCUCCGAGAAGGCCUCUGAAGUUAUCCUCAGCGGACACUAG